AUGGCUUGUUCAUUAUUCCUCGGGUGGCCAUCGAAUAGACUUCCCACUUGGCUGGAGAGGAAUUGUGGCCGCACGUCUCGACCGCUCUCUAAACCACCGAUGUAUGUAGAUCGAAUCAUACCGGUCAACCUCCCUUCCCUUACGAAAGCGUCGAUCGAGGCCGGAUUGGGCGACGGGAGAUUGAGCCUUGCGACCACCGCCAACACUAACGACCCUCGGACGCCCUGGGGUUUCUGCCUCGAUCUCAUCCCACGUCUCGCAAGAUUGUCUCCCCGUAAUUACGAUCUCCUGGGCCUGGGACCGACCCCAAUGACGACAUUUGAACCCAUUUCCAAUUUCCUUCCUCAAUUCAGCUCCCUAGUAUGUCGACGCUAUUUACACCCGCUGCAGCUAUCCACGCUUCAAACUUCGGGACAGGCGAGAAUGGAUACUGGGCAGGGCAAAAAGGUAAUGACUACUAUCUGCAAUUCUACUAUCUAUCGGUUCUCCUGGACGGAGGAUUCUAAUGCCUGCCGUAACUCGUUUAGCAACAAGAAAAAGAGAUCAAUGCUUUAG